AUGGAGGCAUCUAGCACCAGUUCCAUUCCCGGGCCCGGCAGUAUCCCGGAAAAUUUUCAGCCGGCAGUAACUGAUGCUGAGCGGAAGCAUCGGAAGAAGGUACUGAAUCGGAUGAAUCAGCGAGCGCGCAGAGACAGGAUGAGAGGAAGCCAGUCGAAGAAGAACAUCGCAUCUUCAAAAUUUGAGACGAAUCGUUGGAGGGUAGAUGAGUUUGAACUCCUCGAAGUACCUCAGCCGAUCCAUGCCAUCCAAGAGGAGAGGAAACCAAAGCGCGCCAGGAUUCAUAACCACAAACAUGAUAACCAAUUGAUUUUUUCUAAAAAAAGUGGCAUCCAACUCCCCUCGGUAUUUCACAGCCUGAGCCUCGCUCAAGUUGAACAACACGCUCCACAAUUCAGUCGACGGGCGAGGUCGCAAUCAGCGAUGUUGGGUGCAUCUCCCUGCUCAGAUCAGCUAUUGAACCUCGUCAAUUACAACACAUUCAGAGGAUUAUUUAUCAACAAAGCCUUGCUGGCUACCCUUUCUGAACAUUUCCCUCCAGGGAGCAAUACAGCUGUCAACAUCAUGAAGGGCCUCCCUGGCCAGGCCACUGUUAUUCCAUCAUCAUCUAGUAUCCCCACAUCUCUCGUUCCAACGCGACACCAAAUGAGAGUUCCCCAUGCAACGUGGAUGGACUUCAUUCCAUUCCCCCGAAUGCGGGAUAACCUGAUCAGGCAUAACGAAGAGUUCGACCAUAGGCAGUUCAUCAGAGACAUGAUUGGAGAUUUACUAGACGAACUAUAUUUCAUGAGACCAAGCGUCAAAACAAGCCCUCCUGGCACCCACAGAGUUACACUCCGGGAUGGCCUCGACGAUCAGAUCACAGCAACGAGGAAUGGCCUGAUUAUCUGGGGCGAUCCUCAUAUACCGGACAGUUGGGAGGCUACUCCGGGGUUCUUUGAAAGAUGGGGUUGGGUGCUGGAGGGGUGCGUUGAGAUAGUCAAGUCUACCAAUUAUUGGAGGUCAUUACGGAAUGAAGAGCCAAUCGUACCAGAUCUUUAUAGAAAGGAGGAGGAAUAUACACUUGGCAGAAUUAUCAACGUUGACGAACAAUAG